GCUUUCUCUACUCCUUCCUUUUUAGCUGCCCCAAACCCUAAAUCCUCAAACUUCCCUUCUCCGAUCCAGUUUUCUACAGCUUCUGGGGUCACCACCACCACAAACACCCACAUAGCAACUUUGUCGUAUCUCCACUCUCCUGCUGCCAGUGGUGUGACAUCGCCAUCACCUGUGGUUCUGCCUCAGGAGACACAGCCAGCUGAACAUCCUUUUAUGCCUCUAAAAACCAGCGCCGCACCCUGUGAAGCCCAUCAGCGCCGCUCCAUCAGAACUGGCCCCUGAAAAGAAGGCACAGAAGCCGGUUUUGUCCACAGCAUUGACCAGCGGUCUGGAGAUGCUGAAACAUGUGACCAUAGGACAACAUCCAUCUAGCAAGAAGCAGGAGAUGGACCGACUCAAGGAUGUGUCCUCUCCAGACCAGGCAGCCAGAUAUUACCACCUGACCCAUGAUGAGUUGAUCCAGAUGUUGCUGCAGCGAGAGGCCGAGCUGCAGUAUAAGGAUAUCCACAUGCGGGAAUUGGAAGACUACAUAGACAAACUUCUGGUGCGCAUUAUGGACCAAGCACCUGCACUUCUCCAGGUUCCUCUGGAGACCAAGAAAUAA